AUGGGAACAGUUUCACGUACACAGCAAACCCUCCACUUAUCAGAUGGUCGACAACUAGGCUUUGCAGAAUAUGGAAGUCCAACUGGAAAACCCGUGUUUUACUUCCAUGGCUUUCCAUCAUCAAGGCUCGAGGCACAGCCAAUUGAUGACAUAGCUCAACGAUGUGGUGUCCGUCUCAUUGCCCUCGACAGGCCUGGUUUUGGGCUAUCAUCACCCAACCCUGACUAUCGCAUCAUCGACUGGCCUCAAGACGUGGUAGAACUUGCCAAAGCAAAAGAUAUCACCGAGUUCUCCGUCUUUGGACUAUCCGGAGGUGGUCCCUUUGCUUUGGCGUGUGCUUUUGCCCUUCCCAAGCGUACACUCACCAGUGUUGGACUAUUCGCUAGUGCACCACCUUGGGAAGCCGGUGUUCAGCAUGUCGAUUAUUCCCGUCGUAUCCUCAGAUUCUGUGCGAUAAAUUGUCCGAAAUUACUCAUGGGAGCGCUGGAUGCUCUGAAUCAUGUUGUUCGGUGGCUUGUCUUGUCAAAGCCUGCAAUGACAAGAAUCGGGAAAUGGCUCGACGCCCAAGACGCAAAGGAGAAACCUGGAAUCGAGAUCACAAAGUCGCACACUGAAAGAGUUGAGGAUCUCGUCAACAUGCUUCUCGACGAGCCCUUUCGUCAAGGCGCUGUUGGGGCAGUACACGACGCCAAACUACUGACUUCUCAAGACUGGGGGUUCAAACUCGAGGAUGUUGACUAUGACAGAGUUCAGAUCUGGCAUGGAGUAAAAGAUACGAAUGCACCUAUUGCUAUGAUCAGGUACAUGGCUGAGCAUAUACCGAAUAGUGAGCUGAACGAGUUUGAGGAGGAUACGCAUUACACCAUGUACAAACACAUCGAGCCAGCUCUGCGGAGCCUGGUAAAGACCGAGGAGAAGAAUGAGAAAUAG